CUUCCGGCUAAAUGGAAAGUUGAAUUUGCAGCUUGCUAAUGCUAAAGAUUGAAAUAAGGGUAGAUUAUAAUGGUGUUUAGAAUUUGUUUGCUUUAUGCAGAUGUUUCUUCUAUAUAAAUAUACAAAAUAUUGUCUGCAAUGGAGAAUGCUAAAUGUAUAUACCAUACUGGGCCAGUUACAGCACUUCAUGUAGAAGGCACAUACAUUAUUGCAGGUUGUGGUGAUUACUUGUACUUGUAUGAUAGUGAAACUACCAAAUGCUUACAAAGAUUAUCAGCAUUAACUUGUACAAGAAUUCAUGGUAUUAGGUCAGACAGCAAUGGCCAGUUGUGUGCUUUUGGUGAGAAGAGAGCUUGUAUUGUUACCAUGGAUACAGAUACAUUGUCACUCCCAAAUAGGAAGACUCUACUUCAGGACUUAAUCUGGGAUGCACAGUUCUUAAAGGUCAAAGGUCAGGUUGUUUUUGCUUUGGCACACAACACCAUUGUAAAAUGGGACAGCAAUAAUGACCAGAUUAUGGACAUUGUACAGUGUGAAGAAAACAGUAUUCUAUACUGUGCACGUUUUAUUACAUCAAGUUGGGAGAAUUUGAUUUUAGCUGCAGGAACAGUAACAAAUCAAGUUUUGUUGUGGUCACCUAAUACUACAAGAAAUAGUUCUGGACUGUGCACAGUAAUGCACAGGUUCUCAGGUCACCAGGGUGUAAUUUUCUCAGUGCGAUACAACACACAAAGACAGCAAAUUUGUUCUGUUUCUGAUGACAGGAGCAUUAGAAUAUGGCAGUUGACAUUUCCUGGUAAGGAGGUAACUAUGGCAAUAGAUGACCUUGACAUAGAAGAUUGGACUAGGUGUCAGAGCUCUCCACUACAUGUAUUAUAUGGACAUUCUGCUAGAGUCUGGGACAUAAAUUUACUGAGUAACGUUAUGAUCAGUAUUGGCGAGGACAGUUCAUGCUGUGUAUGGAACUACAGUGGAGAGGUUAUUCAAAAAUUCAAAGGUCAUAAGGGAAAAAGUAUAUGGAGUUUGUCUGCAGAUAAAAAAGAACAGUUUUUUGUCACUGGUGGUGGUGAUACCAGUAUCAGAUUGUGGAAACUUAAUGUUGCAGAAAACCAGUCAGUGAAUAUGUUACAUAGUCAAAGUCUACCAUUCCCUGAUCAAAAUGAUUUUGUGAGAGUUGUGUCCCUUUGGAAAUCAAACUAUGUUUUAGGAAUUACAGAUGAAGGGUCAUUAUUAAUCCACAGCUUAAUAGAUAAUAAAACCUCAGUGAUAUUUAAAGAUACUAACUUUAAAUCUUAUACCGUUAUAGCAGUUUCCCAUGUGAUAGCUUUAGGGAACAUCAAAGGAACUCUACGUCUUGUUUAUUCAGAGAAUCUGACAGACAAGAAGUUUACUUGGAAUGAUUAUGAUAUCUACAAAGGGAAAGUACUCUCUAUCCACUGCCUGUCAGAAGAUUCUUUGUUAACCACUGGACCAGAGGGACGUAUUCAUUGUUAUGAAUUGUCAUCAGUAGAAAAUGGUGUUGCUAUGAUGACUUUGAUACAGACAUUUACAUUGCCAUAUUGUAAACAAAGAUGGGUGUCUGCUGUAACACUAAGCACUGAUAGAAAGAGUCUAAUCUGUGGAGAUAGAGCUGGAACAGUCCAUGUUUACAGAUGGGGAGAACCAAUUAAUCAGGUACUUUUACAGUAUUUGGAUCCAGUACAGAGCUUUUGGAAGAUACAUGGAAAAACAGGGGUAACAGAUAUUUGUUCAGCAGAUAACACUAUUUACACUGCAGGACGUGAUGGCCAUUACAGGCAGUUCACAAUAGAUAAUGGACAGCUAAUGCUGCUCAACAGCAAUAGGGUAUUUAAAGGAUUUGAUUGGUUAGAUAAACUUGAACUACGACCUGAUGGAGAUAUUUAUAUCUAUGGCUUUCAGUCUGACAGUUUUAUAUUGUUCAGUGUUAACAACAACCAGAAACUGGUCAAGAUUCCAUGCGGUGGUGGACAUAGGACAUGGGAUUGUCAGAUCAUUCACGACAAAAUCUCUUUUGUAUAUUUGAAAGUGAGGGAAGUAGUUCUGUGCAAGACAGAUCUCCACACAAACCAAUUAAUUUUGAAGGAAAGUUUACAUGGAAGGGAAACAACUUGUAUAAGACAUCUAUAUUCAACUGAAUUUGACUGUAAACCAUGUGAUAUUAUUAUAACAAGCAGUGAAGAUACUACAGUUCUUAUCUGUAGUUUGACUUAUAAUGAAAAGGGAAUUUUAAAGCUUUCAUGUCUGCAUACUCUUAGAGAUCAUAUUUCAAAUGUUAAGUGUAUGGCAAGUUGUGUAUCAAAUAUUCAUGGAGGCUAUCUUGUUUUUACUGGAGGUGCUAGGGCACAACUUGUAAUUUCAAGGAUUUUAAUCCAGAAAGAGGCUGACAUUAGUGAUAUUAAAACCUCAUUUCAAACUUUAAAGUCAUGUCAUCUGAAUGAGGAAUGGUUAACAAGAAAACAGAAAAAAGCCAAAUCUUUCCGUUCCAAUCCAGAGACAAGAAUUAUGGACUUGAGUGUACUGUCCUUAAAGGAUAUUGUAUCAGAUGCUCCUGGUCAUCUCUAUGUUGUAGGAGCUGCAUGUUCUGAUGGCAAUAUCAGGUUUUUCAUAUUCAGUGAGACAUUGAAGAAUUUGAUACCGUUAUAUUACUCUGCUUUUCAUGACCAUUGUGUACUCAGGAUAACUCAUACAUUUGUAUCCACAACAAAAGGCAGCAGACGACUUUUAUUCUUGUCAGCAGGAACUGAUGGAAGAAUUGCAUUGUGGGAUAUUUCUAAGUUGCUGUUGUCAUUUAUAACAUCAAAUACAAUAGAGGUAGUAGAGAAUGUAGAAAAUAAUCAAUUUAACAGUACACAUUUAUCAAAUUUCAAAGACACAUCUAAUUCGGAUUCAAACUACACAAGCAUUACUAAUGUAGGUGAAGCAGAUACAUGUACUAAUAGUGAGAAUAAAGUAAUAUCCAGUAAUGGCCCUGAAGGAGAGAAAUGUUUUAAUAAAGACUUAGUUAAUAGCAACAGUGACAAUUGUGUAGAAGAAAAGUCUUGUGAACCAGUAUUUGUGAUACCAAGUCUUCAGUCUGGAGUUAAUGGAUUGAGUUCUUUACAGUUAAAUGAUGGUAGAUUGCUGAUAGCUAGUGGAGGAGAUGACAAUGCCUUGGUAUUAUCUGUGAUAUCAAUACAAGAAAAUAACAAUAUAACACUUGAAGGAAAAUAUCAACAGAUAUCUGCUCAUGCAGCUCAAAUUACAGGUGUACAGAUAGUUAAUGAGAAUAAGGUUCUAACAGCAUCAGUGGACCAAAGAUUGUGUUUAUGGGAUGUUUGUUUACAAGAUUCUGGACCUAAAAUAUUAAUAGUAUGGUGUAGAUUCGUCAGUGUACCUGAUAUAUCACAUAUGGAGUUAUGGCAGAAUGAAAACAGAUUAACAAUUGGACUGUCUGGUGAAGGAAUAUCAAUAUAUGAAGUGGAGAAAAAUAAAUUAUCUUAAAAUCA